CUGCCUGAGCUGCUCCCGCUGCGGUGUACGGAGUCCGUGCAACGCCCCGCCCCUCGGUGGGCGCCUUCCAGCUCUGCUGGGGUCUAUGGAGGAAAAGCUCCUGGGCGAUUCCCCCAUGGCAGUAGCUACCUGUGGCACCAAGGCCAUGUCGCUCUUCAAACGCACUUUCGUGCUGAGUCCUGUCACUGCGCCCAGGGGUUCCGGCGGCCCCCCGCGUGGCUGCCCCUUGCCUCCCACUGCCUGGUCCUCCAAGGAUUGGUGUCGGCUGCGGAGCCCCGUGGUCGGCUGCCUGCCCCAGCCCCACUCCAGCUCCUCCGCGUCGCCCACCGCCCUGUGUGUUCUCUGCUCGCAGGACUCGCUCAGCAGCAGCUUGAAAACUUGCUACAAGUAUCUGAAUCAGACCAGUCGCAGCUUCGCAGCUGUUAUCCAGGCGCUGGAUGGGGAAAUGCGCCAUGCAGUAUGUAUAUUUUACCUGGUUCUCCGAGCUCUGGACACUCUGGAAGACGAUAUGUCCAUCAGUGUGGAGAAGAAGAUCCCACUGUUGCACAACUUUCACACUUUCCUUUACGAACCAGAAUGGCGAUUCAUGGAGAGCAAGGAGAAGCAUCGACAAGUGUUGGAGGACUUCCCCACGAUCUCCCUGGAAUUUAGAAAUCUGGCUGAGAAAUAUCAAACAGUGAUUGCUAACAUUUGCCAGAAAAUGGGAUUUGGUAUGGCAGAAUUUUUAGUAAAUGAUAUGAUCUCCAAACAGGAUUGGGACAAGUACUGUCACUAUGUUGCUGGCCUGGUGGGAAUUGGCCUUUCUCAACUGUUCUCGGCCUCAGAGUUUGAAGACCCCAUAGUUGGUGAAGAUACAGAGCUAGCCAAUUCAGUGGCCCUGUUGCUGCAGAAAACAAACAUCAUUCGUGAUUAUCUGGAAGACUGCCAAGAAGGAAGAGUGUUUUGGCCUAAAGAGGUUUGGGGCAGAUACGUGAAGAAGCUGGGGGAUUUUGCCAAGCCAGAGAAUGUUGAUGUAGCCGUGCAGUGCAUGAAUGAACUCAUAACCAGUGCUCUGAGCCACAUCCCUGAUGUCAUUACCUACCUGUCCAGACUCCGGAACCAGACUGUGUUUAACUUCUGUGCUAUUCCGCAGGUAAUGGCCAUUGCUACCUUGGCUGCCUGUUACAAUAACCAGCAGGUGUUCAAAGGAGUCGUGAAGAUCCGGAAGGGGCAAGCGGUUACCCUAAUGAUGGAUGCAACCAACAUGCCAGCUGUCAAAGCUAUAAUAUAUCAGUAUAUGGAAGAGAUUUAUCACAGAAUCCCCAACUCGGACCCAUCUUCUAGUAAAACAAGGCAAAUCAUCUCCACGAUCAGGACACAGAAUCUUCCCAACUGUCAGAUGAUCUCCCGAAGCCACUAUUCCCCCAUCUACCUGUCCUUUGUCAUGCUCUUGGCUGCCCUGAGCUGGCAGUACCUGAGCACCCUGUCCCAGGUCACAGAAGACUAUGUCCAGACUGGAGAACACUGACUUGAAUUUGUCUGGAAGCUGAAAUUCACAUGAAACAGAUUUACCUUUUCU